AAGUGAGAUAGGCAUAAUGCUCAAUGUCAAUGGUGAACAGCCAACGGACGUGGAGUUGGUAGAUCCUCUGAUUCACGAUUGAAGGAAAGCAAUCUCCAUGGGAUCGCAGCAUGCCGCCACGCCCAAUCUCAUGAAUGCUUCUUCGUCACCUCAGAACCCUGAAGCUCCAAAACUGAAUCCGGGAUCCGAUCUCUUCAUCUCUCUUUCUCCGUUUCGAUAGAUACGCAUGUACAUGCGGAUGUAUCUCGUUCGAUGUGUAUCUCGUUCGAUGAGGGAAUUUCCCCGCCAAAUUCGAAGCUCAAGAUGAUCAGUCUUCGAGUCUCUAAAUACGCUCUCUCUCUUCUCGUCGCCGCCGUCGCAAUUUCUCUCCUCCAUUUGGAACCCUCUGUGCACCAGACCCAAUCGCCAUUACCCCAGAACCAAACCCUAACCCUAACUUCACCAACCGGAGGAGUGGAACCCCACGCAACAUCCAAUCACAGAGAAGAACAGAUCGCUCGCAAGAAUUUUAUUGUUCGGUUUCGCGAGUACUGUAGAGCUGAAGAUCACAGAAGCUAUCUCCAAGAAAGCGUGAAAUUGGGGGGCUGGGAAUGGGUCGAGCGGCGAAACCCGGCGGCGAAGUUUCCGACGGAUUUCGGGGUUGUGGCCGUCGAGGACUCGGCUCGGGCGGCGUUGAUCGAAGAGUUUUCGAGUUUGGAGCGGGUGAAGGACGUUUCUGCCGAUUUGAGCUAUCAAAGGGGCUUGCUUGAUAAGAGAACAAAGGGCGUUGGGAAAGUUGGGGCUUUUGUGGACGGGAAGAAGCGUCCUGGGAAGAUUUUGACGGCGAUGUCAUUCAGCGAGGACGAAACUUCCGCGUCCGCCACCGCAGCCGCUGCGACUAGUAAUACGACCAUUAAUUGGAAACGCCAUCUAUUGGGGCAGAAAUCUCAAGUUACGUCCUUGUUUGGAGCAGAUGUGCUUUGGUCAAAAGGAUAUGCAGGUGCUAAGGUCAAAAUGGCCAUAUUUGACACUGGGAUUCGAGCACAUCAUCCACAUUUUCGCAAUAUCAAGGAACGGACAAAUUGGACCAAUGAGGAUUCACUAAAUGACAAUCUUGGGCAUGGGACAUUUGUUGCGGGAGUUAUUGCAGGUGAAGAUUCAGAGUGUCUCGGUUUUGCACCAGACACAGAAAUUUAUGCAUUCCGUGUUUUUACAGAUGCACAGGUAUCAUACACUUCAUGGUUCCUUGAUGCCUUCAAUUAUGCAAUUGCCACCAACAUGGAUGUGCUCAAUUUAAGUAUAGGUGGACCUGAUUAUUUGGAUCUCCCAUUUGUGGAGAAGGUAUGGGAGCUCACAGCAAAUAAUGUUAUCAUGGUUUCAGCAAUUGGAAAUGACGGUCCACUUUAUGGUACUCUGAAUAAUCCAGCAGAUCAAAGUGAUGUCAUUGGUGUUGGUGGCAUUGAUUAUAGUGAUCACAUUGCCUCAUUCUCCUCUCGUGGCAUGAGUACAUGGGAGAUUCCUCAUGGUUAUGGACGUGUGAAACCAGAUGUUGUUGCAUAUGGUCGGGAAAUUAUGGGAUCCAAGAUCAGUACAGGUUGUAAAAGUUUAUCAGGUACUAGUGUGGCAAGUCCUGUUGUUGCUGGUGUGGUGUGCCUUCUUGCCAGUGUCAUUCCUGAAGAUACACGGAAAGACAUUUUAAAUCCAGCAAGCAUGAAGCAGGCGCUGGUUGAGGGGGCUGCAAAGCUUUCUGGUCCAAAUAUGUAUGAACAGGGCGCUGGCAGAGUUGAUCUAUUAGAAUCAUAUGAAAUUCUGAAGAGCUACAAACCUAGAGCAACUGUCUUCCCCGACAUUCUGGAUUAUACCGAUUGUCCUUAUUCUUGGCCCUUUUGCCGUCAGCCACUUUAUGCUGGUGCAAUGCCCGUUAUCUUCAAUGCCACCAUUCUGAAUGGGAUGGGUGUAAUUGGCUAUGUUGAAAGUCCACCAACAUGGCAUCCUGCAGAUGAGGAAGGCAAUCUCUUGAGCAUUCACUUUACUUACUCAGAUGUGAUUUGGCCAUGGACUGGUUAUCUAGCUUUGCAUAUGCAAAUUAAAGACGAAGGAGCUCAGUUUUCUGGAGAGAUUGAAGGCAAUGUAACUCUUAGUGUAUACAGCCCUCCAGCCCAUGGAGAGAAGGGUUAUCGACGUAAUACCUGCAUACUUCGAUUGAAAUUAAAAGUGAUUCCGACUCCUCCCAGGCCAAACCGGGUUUUGUGGGAUCAAUUUCACAGUAUAAAGUACCCACCUGGUUAUAUUCCAAGAGAUUCCUUGGAUGUUCGGAAUGAUAUUCUUGACUGGCACGGAGAUCAUCUGCACACAAAUUUUCACAUUAUGUUCAACAUGCUAAGAGAUGCAGGUUACUAUGUUGAGACACUUGGUUCACCUUUUACAUGCUUUGAUGCCUACCAAUAUGGGACACUUCUGCUUGUGGAUCUUGAAGAUGAAUACUUUGCCGAAGAGAUUGAAAAGCUGAGGGAUGAUGUCAUUAAUACCGGACUUGGUCUGGCUGUAUUUGCUGAGUGGUAUAAUGUGGACACAAUGGUGAAGAUGAGAUUUUUUGACGAUAACACAAGGAGCUGGUGGACCCCAGUCACUGGAGGUGCAAAUAUUCCCGCGCUGAAUGAUCUUUUGGCACCAUUUCAGAUUGCAUUCGGAGAUAAGAUUCUAAAUGGUGAUUUUUCUAUUGAUGGUGAGCAAAGCAGAUAUGCAUCUGGAACUGAUAUAGUGAAGUUCCCACAAGGUGGGUAUCUGCAUAGCUUUCCUUUCCUAGAUAGUUCAGAGAGUGGGGCCACUCAGAACAUCCUGAGCUCUGGAUUGACAAAGGCAGACUCCCCUAUUCUUGGUCUUCUAGCUGUGGGUGGUGGACGGAUUGCAGUCUAUGGAGACUCCAAUUGUCUGGACAGCAGCCAUAUGGUUACUAAUUGUUAUUGGCUUUUGAAGAAAAUAUUAGAUUUCACAAGCAAAAACUUAAAAGAUCCUGUCCUAUUCUCUGAUGCAGUUAGGCAUGAUAAACCCUUGUACCUAGAGGAUAAUCAAUUACCUUCCCGCAGAACUGAUGUAAAUUUUUCUACUUAUUCAGCUGUUAUUGGGAAGGAAUUGAUGUGCAGAAGUGACUCCAGGUUUGAAAUAUGGGGCACUAAGGGCUAUGGUUUACAUGCCAAGGGACGGACCCUCCGAUUGCCAGGUUUUGUGGUUACGGAUUCUGGAAGAGAUUUAAACUUUACAACGGAGGAUUUCCAUAUAAAGAGGUCCAACGUAUCUGAGAAGAAUACUGGUGAUUCUGUGGGAAACAAGUACUUGGGCAUACCCCAAAAAGAUGAUCUCGAUAUGCCCAUGAUAUUUGCCAGUCACUGGCUUGUGCCUGCCAUUCUCGCUGGUUCUGGUGUUUUGCUGUUGUUGAGCUUUUGGCGGAUUCGUCAGAAGCGCCGCAGGCGGAGGAAAGGAUCUGGAUCCGGUCGUUUUACCAAUGUAUAGCCAUGGAUGAACUUUGAGAGAUCUCCCCCCACCUCCGGGACUCCCAUUGCAAAAUUGCUGGUAACUUCUGCUGUUGUAGUACCAUCACCACAUGGUAGUGUUUUAACCCAAGCAUUUUGGUGGCGGUGAAUUUUGUAUCCAAUAGAUAGUUUGAUAUGAUUUUUUUUUUUUUUUUGUUGGGGUUAUCGAAAUUUUUUUACAAUGGCAAAAAAUAGAGUAACAAGGUCGUGUUCAAUCAGAUAUGGCAUGGAAUCCUGAUUCAAUUGAAUGAGAAAGUAUUUCUGGUCUGAGGUAACAAAAGCAAUAGGUUUCGACUUUGCUACUGUAAAAUUAACUUGAUGCUUCAGAAAUUGUUGCUAGAUUUUGUGCUUUGUCUUC